ACAUUCCUUAUCUACUCCAAAGUCCAAAGCAGCCACACCCAAGUCCCAAGGGAGAGGUUCUACUUCUAUCAGCAAUGGCGUCCUCCAACCCUCUCUUCUCAUCACCACUCCCUCUGUCCCCACUCAGAUCCCACGCGCCGCUGCCCCUAACCUUCUCCUUCACAACGAAAGCAACCCCCAAUGAUUCUUCCUCUACCGAUGGUCCCACCUCCGAAUCACCCGAGACUGAAAGUUUCGAGGACCGACUCUCGCAGGUACGUCUGCGUUACCGGAGUGGCACAGGGAAGAAAGCCGACGCACGGAAGAGCAAGAAGUCCGGGAAGAAAUCCGGUGGGAGUUCAGGAUCUGGGGCAAACAUGUACCUCCCACCGGUGCCUUUGAAGGAGCCGAUUUCAGGUGGAGUGAAAGUGGAUUUCGGGUUCAGCCCGUAUUCGGAGAGGAUGAAUGGGCGGGUGGCGGCCCUUGGGUUAGCGGCGUUGGUGUUAGUGGAGCUGGCGACGGGAGAGAGUGUGAUAAAAUACCAUACGCCGUCGAUCAUUUUUAUUCAGGUUUAUUUUGUGGCUGCUGUUACGGCGGUGUAUUGUAAGGUUGAAAAGGAAAAGGUCAGCAUUUGGCCACAGUCGUAGUGAGGUGCUCCGGUUGACUCGGAGUAUUUGGCAUUGAUGAUUGGUACAGCUGUUUCUGUAUUUAGUUUUUGUUCAACGAUUGAAAUAUAUAUAUAAUAAUUAUUUGUUAAAAUGGCCAUAACAAUCGAUUGGAACUCUGAAAAUGUUUAUACACAUAAAAUAGCAACUUACUUAUGUUAA